CAUUUCUUUUUUUAUCUACCCCUUAAUAUCCCUUAUAACCCUCAAAUAAAAAACAAUUACUUACAUAUCCUUUUAUUUAUUUUAAAAUAUAAAAAAAAACACUUGGUGAGCGCAAAAACCCAUGGCGUGAGAACCAGAGGCCGUAUCAUCGAGACCAUUUUGUGGAGAUCGCGGCUUUUCAGUCAGCCGCCGGCGCGGUACUGUGUGAUCUAGUGCAGAGAAAGUUGAAGAUUGAAGAAGAUGGCAUGGAGGCAAAUGCUCUUCAAGGGGAGCCCAAUUUCUCAACCCCUUUCACCAACUGGGUUCGCUAGAUUCUUCUCCAAGCCAUCCCCUUAUGCAGUGAAAGUUGGAAUUCCAGAAUUUUUAAAUGGAAUAGGCAAAGGGGUGGAAUCCCAUGCGGCUAAGCUUGAAACCGAGGUGGGCGACUUCCAGAAACUGCUUGUCACUCGAACGCUCAGGCUAAAGAAACUUGGCAUCCCUUGCAAACAGAGGAAGCUGAUAUUGACACACGCCCACAAGUAUAGGCUGGGACUAUGGAGGCCUCGAGCGGUACCAAUGAAAUCCUAACUAGUUUAGGACUAGCUUGCUUAUUGAGAAUGUAUCAAAUGUCACAUUACAGGUGGAACCAUGCAGGUUUUACUUUUGUUUCUUAGUAAAGAUGUCAUUGCAGAGUGAUGUAGGAAACAUGCAGAAUUUGAUGUCAUCUGGUGUUCAACGUUCACAAUCCCUUGAUAAGCCCAUUAUCAUUGUGAAGUUUCGAAUUAUUUUGAUAUCCUUCUGGUUCAAAUUAAUUUGUUUAAUUAUCAACUUUAUCCCGGAUAACCAAAUAAUAGGAUAAAUGAGUUUUAAUUAGUUCAACUUAGUUUAAAAAACAAGUAAGAAGUUGAAUUAGUAAUGAAUAUUCAUCCAGCAAUAAUGUUUACAGUAGUAGCAGAGGCAUAGACUAUGCAAUAGAAUUCUCCGUUAUUGUAUUCUGCUGUUUCUGCUACAUGAAGAAAUAGCUCUUUAAAAACUCGUUACAACCUCAAACUUGGUACUCUGUUCUGUAAGCCAAAUUCAGCUCUCUCUGUUUGUGUCUCGAAACAUAAUACUCAUCUAAAUGGUAGUCGAACUCGAGACCUUAUGUCUAAGAUAAAUGGAAGAAUUCAGAGCUCCUUAUCAUGCUCAAAGCCAAACAAGUUGCUUUCAUCUAUAAAAUAAAAGCGAAAAUCAUAUAGUAAACUAAGAAGCAACAUAGGCAUAGUAUCUUCAAACUUAAUCGGCCUCAAAACUCCAACUGAAUGGAGUUGGCUGAAUACACAAUUGGUUUUAAAGACUGCCAUAAUGCCAGUGACAACUGAUGUACAUGCUUGGAGUCUUAGGCACUUCAACAUUCUCAUCAUAUCUUCUGAUGUAUACAAAUUCUACAAUGGACCCAAUAGAGGUACCUAUAAGAUAAAACAUAAGGUAACUUCUGGUUAGAACUCACAAAAUCCAUGUUAGCAAUAGCUGCAGACAGUUUAUAUGAGAACUCGACCGGUAUAGAGAAAACAUACGUGGGUAGAGAGGAGCAAGGUCCAGAUGGGUUGUUAUGGGUACAAAACUUGCUUCAUGCCAUCGAAAACCACUACAUUGCUCCCUGGUUUGUAGUUCGUUUACACUGCAAUCACAUCU